GCUGCCGCUCGGCGCCAUGGCGGAGCGGGAGGAGGAGGAGGAGACGAGCGGCCCGUCCGUGCUAUUCCUGCACCCGGACCUGGGGCUGGGCGGCGCGGAGCGGCUGGUGGUGGACGCGGCGCUGGCUCUGCAGGCCCGGGGCUGCCGGGUGCAGGUGUGGACGGCGCACUACGACCCCGGGCGCUGCUUCGCCGAGACGCGGCGGCUGGCGGUGCGCUGCGCCGGGGCCUGGCUGCCUCGCAGCCUGUGGGGCCGCGGGCACGCGGUGUGCGCCGCGCUGCGAAUGGCCUUCGUGGCGCUCUACGUCCUCCUGCUCAGCGGGGAGCACGCCGACGCCUUCAUCUGCGACCAGGUGUCUGCUUGCAUUCCGAUACUUAGGCUGGCCAGAACACGGAAGAAGGUUUUGUUUUACUGUCACUUUCCUGAUCAGCUCCUGACCAAAAGAGAAUCUUUCCUGAAGCGCCUCUACAGAAUGCCGCUGGACUGGCUGGAAGAGUACACCACUGGCAUGGCAGACUGUAUCGUUGUGAACAGCAAAUUCACCGCCAGUGUAUUCAAGGAGACGUUUAAAUCCUUGUCUCACAUAAAUCCAGAUGUCCUUUAUCCAUCACUCAACACCAGUAGCUUCGAGACAGUGGUUCCUGUGGACAUAGCUGACUUGAUUCCCAAAAAGACCAAGUUCUUGUUUCUAUCUAUUAAUAGGUAUGAGAGAAAAAAGAACCUUGCAUUGGCUCUUGAAGCUUUGCAUGAGCUUCGAGGAAGACUUGAUUCUCAUCAGUGGAGUGAAGUUCACUUGGUUAUGGCAGGUGGCUAUGACAAACGAGUUCUGGAAAACGUGGAGCAUUAUGAAGAACUAAGGGGAAUUGCAGCUAAGCUUAAUGUUAGCGACCAUGUCACUUUCUUGAGAUCAUUCACAGAUGAACAGAAAGUCUCUCUCCUUAAUAACUGUGUAUGUGUGCUUUACACACCAAGUAACGAACACUUUGGCAUUGUUCCUCUGGAGGCAAUGUAUAUGAGACGUCCAGUUAUAGCAGUUAAUUCGGGUGGUCCUUUAGAAUCAAUCUUGAAUAACGUUACAGGAUUUUUAUGUGAUCCUCUGCCAACACAAUUCUCUGAGGCCAUGGAAAAAAUCGUGAGAGAUCCUCUCUUGAAGGACUCAAUGGGAGCAGCUGGGAGGGUCAGAUUUAUGGAAAAAUUUUCCUCAGAAGCAUUCUCAGAACAGCUGUAUCAAUACAUAUGCAGACUAACACAAUAAAAUUGUAUUUUUUUAUUACA